AUGAAAUUCAUUUCGAUCUUGGUCAGCUUGGUCCUCUAUAUAAGCCUUGUCGCUGCUCAAACUUGCCCUGGACGUCCUAACCCCCAGAACUGCAACGGCGGAAGGGAUGAAGGAUCACCGGUGCAAGCCCCCAGAGGAGCUCCUUGUACUCCACAGCCAAAUAAUAACAUGUGGUACUACAAUCCGACUACUAGACAAUGCGUAGGAAUGAGUUACAGGGGCUGCUACGGCAACAGGAAUCGCUACUGCACAUUGCAGACCUGUCAAGUUGCGUGCGUUCCUCGAGGCUAA